AUGAGUGACGACGAAGGCUCACAAGAGGGGCGGCCCGCAGAAGGCGGCGCCACGGACUCCCGGCCCGCCAAGAAACCCCGCGCAAGCAGAGCGCUCAAGUCCAAGGUGCUCGGCCUCGAGACGCAGAUGCAGCAGGUCCAAACGAGCCUCGAUAGCGUCAUGGCGCUCCUGCAGAAGUCGCUGGGUGGACCAGCGGCUGGUCUGGGCUUAGAUGGCCCCUCGAUGGCAGCACAGCCUCCCAGACAGGUGAUCGGUCCAGCCAGUAUAUCGCCUCGAGCGGUUGGUCCCUCUCAGCCAUUCCAUCCCGUACAUCAGCGGUCUUUUGGGCACCCAAUCUCUCCUACCGCAGCGACGAUGUUUCCGCCCCAUAACGCUCCAGGCGGAUCUAGCGGACCAAGCAGCUCCAAGUCGCUACCCCCUUGGGACCUUCCUAUGCGCGCGGCUGGCCCAAUGCCUCAUGGUCAUGUGCAUCCGACUGCAGUGCCUGCCGGCCGACACCUCAGCCAUGGCAGCGAUACUCGUCCAAUCAGCGGCAACUACAAGGUCCAGGGCCCACCGUCUCUGCGGAGCCCGCACGACCUCGCGCCGAUUGACGCAGGGGAUGAAGGGGACGCAGAGCCCCUCGGAUACUCUGCGAUGCGCUCGAUGCUCAGAUUCGAGGAGAAGGCGCGACUCCAGGCGGAGGGCUUGGCAGGGGAUGACGGGACGGACCCGGCUGGGGUGUAUAGGGCUGGGCAGAAACGAGGGAGGUCAGACGACUUCUCGCCAAAUAGGGUGGCUGCGGCGCUGGAUCCGGUGGACUCGGGGCUGUGUACUGAGGCAGAGGGACAUCAGCUCUUCAAGCUCUUCUUUGAGAACUCGCAUGCGUUCAUGCCUGUGUUCGAUCCGGCGGUGGAUACGUGGUACAGUCUUCGCCAAAGAUCGCCUUUCUGCAUCUCUGCAAUCAUCUACAUUGCGAAAAAGACGCAAGACGCUGGGUUCUUGCAGAGUGAUGCUCAAAGAAGGCUCAGAGAGCACGUUGAAAGUAUAGGUCGGGGAUACUUCUUCUCGCCCGUAGUCUCGGUGGAAAUACUACAAGCCAUGAUCAUCUUAUCAGCUUGGGGCGAUACCUCUGGUCGGCCAGGCUUUAUGGCGCUGAGCAUUGCAUACGAUAUGGACCUACAUCGAUGCCUGCCUCAACUCGCCAAGAUGACGCAACCGCUAGACUAUGUCCAGUUCUCCUCGGACGACGCCAAAGCCCAUCGAUCCCUGGUCGUCGGAUCACGACUCUGGCUCAUCACUGCCAAGCAGAGUAUAGAAACGUCGAUCAAUCACAGUCGCCCGCUCUGUGUCAGCGAAGCGGACAUCGUGCCGCACAUGCACGCAUUGCUGCAUCAGCCGUAUACGAUAUCUACCGAUAGUCGGAUCGUCGCAUCUUGCGAACAUCUCGUUUCUCAGCUGCCGUUACAUCGUAAUGUCCUGUCUGGAGAUCAGGACCAGCUCGAUAUUGUCCUACGAGUAUAUAACGAACAAGCUCAGUCAUGGCUUGUCCGGUGGCAGACUUACUAUGAACAUCGUGGCGUCCCGUCCACGCACCUCUUGUUUUCAGACUUGCACAAUCAGAUGGCUUUCGGAUCUGUGCAAGCCAAUUCUUUCCUCCUUCGUUCAGUCCGAACGCGGGAUGACCUCGACACGUUCUCCGUAGAACGGCAGAGAUGGCUUCUGAAUUCACUCGAUCACGCUCGUCAGAUCACGCAGCGAAUCAUCAUGUCCGAGAAAGACAAGCUGUUCUACGCGAAUCACUUUUCGCAUAUCGCCCUGGCUAGCGUAUUCCGGAUAUACGUCAGGCUGGCUAGUCUUUUCCCAGAACAUGUCGAUUUGCGGAGGACAGCCAAGGAUCUCACGGCGGUGGCUGAUAUCCUGUCUCAAUUCCCCGGUGUCUCCUUCGCCCACAAACUCCGGCAUGUCAUCCAACGCGCCCGACAAUCCAAAAUCCUCCCAUGCGAGACUCGCGCACCCUCCCCAUCUCCCUUCGCAAACGGCAAUGGCAACGGACCCGCCAACGGUCACGGUCAAGGCCACGGCCAGCCAUCCAUGUCAAACCCGUAUCUGCCCAAUCAGCCAUAUGACUCAAGCAAUAACCUGUUGGAUUUUGACCUUUUUGCGAACGACCGGAUGAACCAGUCACAGCAGGGCCAAGGACAGAACCAGCCUAUUGUGGAUCUGGAGGGUUUCAUUGGGGAGUUGUUGGCGUUAGGGGGCGGGCAGGGGAAUGCGGCGCCUGCGGACGCAGCGAACCCUUGGUCGGACUUCCCGUUCUUUGAUUUCAGUAAUCACCCAGCAUGA